AUGAACGGUGACAAAGGCAGCGUGGAGCGCGUUGAAGAUGCGGAUAAGCGCCCCUCGUCGCGGAAGCUAAGCAUAGUGGACGCAACAAAGGGCGAUCGGGCUCUAGCUCUCAUUGGUGAUGAGCGCAUCAGUUUGACUGAUGAGGAUAACAGGAGGAUUCGCCGCAAGACGGAUAAAGUCAUCCUCGCCAUUCUCGUCUGGGUGUAUUUCCUCCAGAUUCUCGACAAGACCGUACUUGGCUAUGGAGCUACCUUUGGAUUGAAAGAAUCGACGGGUCUCAAGGGAAACCAAUACUCUCUCGUGGGUAGUAUUGCGCCUAUUGCACAGUUAGCAUGGCAACCUUUCUCCUCCUUCUUGAUCGUCAAGGUCCCUCACCGCAUCCUGAUGCCUUGCCUCGUGCUAGGAUGGGGAAUCGCACAAACUGCCAUGGCUGCCUGCCACAACUACGGAGGUCUUCUGGCAGCCCGCUUCUUUCUUGGACUUUUUGAAGCUGGUUGUCUGCCUCUGUUCAGCAUCAUUACCUCCCAGUGGUAUCGGCGAGCUGAACAACCCCUCCGAGUCGCGGCUUGGUAUAGCACGAAUGGACUCGCAACUAUCGCGGCCAGUGCACUUUCAUAUGGUCUGGGACAUAUCAAGUCUGGAACACUUGAGUCCUGGCAGAUUCUCUUCUUAUUCGUUGGCCUGGUCACCAUCAUUUCCGCGCCCUUUGUAUAUUGGAAGCUCGAUAACGAUAUUCCUUCAGCGCGCUUCCUUUCCGAAUUUGAGAAGCAGCAAGCUAUCGAGCGCUUGAGAGCAAACCAGACGGGUACUGGUUCUCGGGAUUUCAAGUGGUCUCACAUUGGGGAGCUUGCACUCGAACCAAAGACCUACCUUUGGGUCAGUCUGUCGCUUCUUUUGAACGUGGGAGCUAGUGUGACCAACACGUUUGGUCCCCUCAUUAUCGGAGGAUUGGGCUUCGACAAGUACCUCACCUCUCUGCUCAACAUGCCAUUCGGCGCCCUGCAGUUUAUUGUCAUCCUUUUCGCAUCCUACGCAGCCGCAAAGUUCCGGAGCAAGUCUAUCAUCCUUCUGAUCUUGACAAUACCUGUCAUUGCCGGCCUCGCCAUGCUCUACACGAUCAAGCACACAGACAGCAACCAAGGCGCUCUGCUCGCAGGAUACUACCUAUUGUCCUUCUUAUUCGGCGGUAAUCCAUUGAUUGUAGCUUGGAUCGUGGGAAACACCGCGGGGACUACGAAGAAGAGUGCUCUGAUGUCGAUCUACAACGCGGGAUCAUCUGCAGGCAACAUCAUUGGGCCGCUGCUAUUCAACUCAAAGGAUGCUCCGGAAUACGUUCCAGGUCUGCGGGCAGUCCUGGGUAUCUUCUGUGCUCUAGCCGCCUGCGUAGUCCUCCAAGCAGGCAAUUUGAUGUUCUUGAAUAAGCUACAAGAACGUAAACGAGUCAAAGUCGGCAAGCCUGCAAAGAUCAAGGAUCUUAGCAUGCAGGACACUUAUCAAAACAAUUCUGAGGACCAGCUCGACGAGGGUGACAAUCACCAACGUCCAAGAAUCGGAGAUCAGGCAUUUCUGGACAAGACUGAUCGUGRGAAUGAGGACUUUGUGUAUAUCUACUGA